UGAUGAUGAAGAUGAUGGCGAUACUUAAGUUAAUAAUCUUACGGUAUUAGUAAUAGUCUUGUCUAAACAACGCGAUUUAACUAACUUCAUAACUAAACUAAUUCUUAAAUUAAAAGAACAAAACGACAAAAAACGUAGAGUAAAGAUCUUUAGGCAUAAAAAAUACUUUAGAAGGGAAGAAAAGGAAAAAAAGGUAUUAGUAACAAUAUACACCCAAAGCUCGCCAUUCAACGCAUCCAAUGUGAACCCCGUUUCGAACCUCGAAUGCGGGUAAAAAAAUCAGAGAUGAAUUUGUAGAAAACGUCAGAGUUCACACACAUAGGAGCUAUUUUCACCAACACCUAUGACGAAGAAAAAGCUGAGAUUACCGGUUUUUUACUGAAUUUCCUAGUUUUCUCAGCUGCAUCAUGCGGAGCUGAGUAAAGAGAAGAGGAAAAUACGGAGCUUCGAGCCAUAGUGCUUCAGGCGGGUGCUUCGUAUCAGCUGGACAGAAAACAAAACAAAUGAAGUACUUCCAAAAAAUGGAUUAGUGUAAACAGACUGCUCACCGUUAUAAAUGGAAGAAAAUUAGCUUUCCUUGUGCACUUCCUAAGGGGUGACAGUUUGGAGAUAAGAUUACUCGCUGCUAUGCUAAUGGGAAACCAAAGAAGCAGACCAAAGACAAGAUUUAUAAACAACAUCAAGAUAAUCUCUUACCAUAUUUAGAUCAUCUUAAUGUUGACCCUAAAUCUCGUCAUCGGUCUUCUCCUUACUAUGGCAGGAGCUGAAAGACUGGCACAAGACCGAGAACAAUGGAGGGAGCUUAUGCAGAGAGCCACGGCGAGUCGAGCGUGAGCCAUGAACAAACCGUCGCCGUUGUGGAUAAUGCGAUACACUUCCACGACUUUGCAUUGUUUGUUUCUGAAACAGGGGUCGAAGCGGGUGGUUUACACUGACAAAGCGGUUUGGCGAACUUUGCAGAUGCUACACACGGUCUUCCACAGCAACUUCACUCCCUCGAUCGCCAGAAGAACAUGAUAAUGAAAUACAGCAUUGAAUAACCACUCCUCACGAUGGAGUUCCAGCAAACCCUUCACAAUCACAGCAAUGGUGGCAGUUCCUCCUGCUUCACCACGCUGCCUGAUAGCUUGUGGAAUAAUCUUCAGAUGCGAGUGAUGCUUAAUGGGACAGAUUUCCCUCAUGACUGGGAAGAUCUGUGGUACUACGAAACAAAAUACUCGCGGGAGACUCCCAUUAUCACGUGGGAACAGCUGUCUCAGGACUGUCAGAUCGAGCAGAUCUUCCUCCUCGUCGUGGCCGUUCUAGUGACCAUCAUAACGGUGAUCGGGAACGUGUUCAUCCUUAUGGUGAUCGUAUCUACAGGCUUAGUGUACCAGGACACGUUCCUGAUCCGCACGGCGCUGGCCAUUGCGGAUCUGCUGCUUGGGCUCAUGCCGGCGGCCCUGGCGGUGUUCGACCACAUGACCCUCAUGAGUGGCACCACGACCCUCGCGCACCUCCUGCCGAAGACCUUCUGGCCGGGCCUGGCGCACGAGAGCUCCGCCAAAAUGCAGCUGGAGUUCCACCUCCUGCGCUUCGAAAGGGGCGGGUAUCCCCUGGCGUGCGCGAUCGUGCUCACCUUGAGCAUGUCCUUCUCGAUGUUCAUCCUGGCCCUCCUGAGCAUCGAGCGGCUGUGCGUGGUCUUCGGGAAGCCGCUUCGAAGGUCGUCCAUCGUCCUGGGCUUGGCGCUGGCGUUCGUGGUGAGCCUGCUCAUCUCCCUCAUGCUCAACUGGUGCCACGACCACCGCGCCUUCACCGGCUACUUCGACCCUGUCACGAAGCUGACGCUGGGGGUCAACGCCACCUACGUCGACACGACCGAGUGGCGCUUCGUCGUGUCCAUCGUCAUCUGGGUCGUGACGGGCGUGACGGUGGUCGUCGUCACCGUCGUCACACUCCUCCAGCUGCGGCGCCACGACCAGCAGGCGCGGGAGAACCUCACCAUCCACUCGGCCCAUCGCGUGCCCGAGAUGAGGCGCCUGACGGAGACGCUGACGUACAUGGUCCUCCUGUUCACCCUGUCGUGCGUCCCUUGCAUCCUGGACAUCGCGACCGACCUGAGGUGGCCCGUGGGACACCACCUGGCCUGGUGGACCUUCAUGGCCGGCUCCUCGUGGAACUGGGCGCUCUACACCCUCCGCGGGGAGAAGUUCUGGAGGCACGCCAAGGGGCUCUUCGGGGACGCCGCCCACGCCCACAGGCCGCACAUCCGCCUCAAGAGCAGAAAAACGAAAAUUCUUUUCAGCGAAGCGAACGCACAGGACAGCGGGCAGUACAACGAAUGCAUGUCGGCGAGUUUCAGUGGACAGUAGUUUUGCAGCCAAAGUGCCUUUUGAAUGUUAUUUAAAGGAUUUAUGUGUGUCUGUGUGUGUGUGUGUGUGUGUGUGUGUGUGUGUGUGUGUGUGUGUGUGUGUGUGUGUGUGUGUGUGUGUGUGUGUGUGUGUGUGUGUGUACUUAGUUUUAAGUUUCAUUAAUAAAAUCCUAGUCAUAUAUGUUCAGAUAUAUUUCAUUUUCAUAUGUCACGAAUAAAAAUAUUUUAUACCAGAU